UCGGACAAUUAACAUACAAUUUAGGUAAGUAUAUGGUGAAUCAGUCCAAGAACAAGGUCAGCAUGAAGACCAAGUAUGGAGCAGCAGUUGCACCUGUAUUCAUCGUUGCCGGUGCAUACGUCGCUUGGAGCUACAUAAAUCGUGGCUUAUGGAGAAAGAAAGACGAUAAAAACGGUCGAGAUAUCAGAAAAAGCAAUGGUAAAAGCGUUGUAGAACAAAAAAGAGAUGAUGAUGUUAAAAGCAUUGGUAAGGAGGCUUCCUCUGGAAGAGAUCAGAAAGGCCUCUCAAGAUCUGUUUCAGUGGGGGCUAUUAGAGGAGGAACGUUGGCAUUGCAGAGAUUGCUUGAUUUGCACUCAUAUCGCGCUGAUACUUCUUCACUUGCGAAUGCCGAGAUUGAGUUUGAAGCAUUGCUUUCCAAGGAACACCCGGACUUUGGGAUGCUUCAGAGAGACAUUGUGAAGAUGGAAAUGAGUGGGAAAGAAGCAAAAGGUGUUGAGAUAUUGAAGAAAGCAUUGGAGAAAGCAAGAAAAGAAGAGAAAGGUCAUGAGGCUUAUGAGAUUGAAAUGUUGCUUGUGGAGAUGUUGAUCUACUUGGGAAACAUGGAAGAGGCAACAAAAUGUAAGUGUCUAGAGGAUGAAGUCAUAACAGAUGCAAGACGUCCUCUAUACCAGACUAUAAUCCAUUACCUUCGAAAUGAUCCUAUGAAACAAGUCGAGGAGACAUUCAACAAGUUCAGAGAGAUCCAAAUUAGUCUACAAUGGCCUGGAAGCUCAGAAGAAUAUGAAACUGAACAGAUCACAUUCGCCGAGUUCAAGAAAGUAAUGGAGUCUCUCAAGCACGAAAUCGAAGAUGGCAACAAAAGAAAAUCGAAAUUAGUCAAAGAUAAAACAAUGGAAGAUAGACUUCAAUGAAAUCUUGAAAUGGUUAAAGAAUGAUCAUAUGAUUUGAUACAUAAAUAAUAACACAUCAAAAUUUAGACCUCCAAAAAAAAUCCAAGAUACAGUAUGUGUACAGUAUAUAUACAGUAUCAUGUUUAGCAAAAAGAUAAUCAAAACAUAAGUGCAAGCUUUUCCACAAUGGAUCAUCCAUGCUGUUUUAUGUACAUGUUAUUACG